AUGACGUCGUUCUCAUUACGGAUGUAAACAGAGCUCGUCGCACAUGGAGCAAAAAGCGGGGAUGCCGCCGACUGUGGAGCGGUUUGUCUGUCCGGGAAAGGGGAACGGUCUCCGGGCCACAGCCAGGAUCAGCCGGGGUCAGCUGGUGACCUCCGCCGAGCCGCUGGCGUCCUGUGUGUCCGGCAAACGGGCCAGAGAGGUCUGCCACCACUGCUUCACCCGACAAGAGACCUUGUUGAGAUGUUCUCAGUGCAAGAUGGCUCGCUACUGCAAUGCAGCUUGCCAGAAACAAGCGUGGUAUGGCCAUAAGAGAGAGUGUAAGUGUCUUCGUCGUCUCCUGCCCAGAAUCCCUACUGACUCAGUCCGUCUGGCUGCGAGACUCAGGUUUGCUCUGUUAAAUCCUCCUAAGACUGUCGGUAAUGAGCUCUACACUUUAGAAGAACAUGAAUCAAACUUGAAUUUGAUGUCUGAGCAGAAGAAGCAAGGGCUUUCUCAGCUGGCGUCCAUGUUGGAACUGUAUGUACAACAGGAAGAAGAUUCUGACCUGACACAGGAAGUGACAUCAGCCCUGCCCACUUCCUGCAGGGAUCCACUUAGCCUCAUUGCAAAGGUGACGUGUAAUUGUUUCACCAUCAGUGACGGGGAGCUGCAGGAGGUCGGAGUGGGGCUUUAUCCAAGUUUAUCCCUUUUGAAUCAUGACUGUCGGCCAAACUGUGUGAUGGUGUUUGAGGGUGAGCGGCUGCAGCUCCGAGCCGUCCAGGAUAUUCGCCCUAAAGACGAGUUAACGAUAAGUUAUAUUGAGACUUUGUCCCUGACUGAAGAGCGGCAGAAGCAGCUGCAGGAGCAGUACCACUUCAUCUGCCACUGCCAGAGAUGCAGCUCAAAAAAAGAGGAGGGAUUCAUGCUGUCGGGGAAAGAAGAAAAGUGGCAGCAGCUGAAGGUGGCGCUACCGAGACUGGAAGGACUGAAAACCGAGUCCAAUUGGCCGGCGUUGUUGGAGAGCUGCUGUAAUCUCCUGUCAGCUGCUGGAGCUGAACUUCCUGAUGAAAAUCUGUACAAGCUGAGGGUCACAGACAUGGCGUUAGAUGCUGCUGUUCAGCUGGGGCAGUGGGAGGAGGCUCUGAGAUACGGCAUGAAGACACUUCCAGCUUACAGGUUCUUUUACCCUGAUCCUCAUCCAGUUCAUGGAGUUCAGCUGAUGAGAGUGGGGAAGCUGCAGCAUUACCUGGAGCACCUGGAGGACGCUUUGGACACUUUCAAAGAGGCUUUUACAAUCAUGAGGAUGACUCAUGGUGAUGGUCACCCACUGACCUCUGACCUGAGGAUGAAGAUGGAGGAAUGUCGUCUGGAAAUGUCUGGCAGACAUUAAGACAGACUAUGGACUGAUAGAAACAUUAAACGUACCUUAAAAGUUUA